CUCCCCCUUUCAGUGUCUCUUCUCACCUCGCUUCACUCUCUUCAUUUCUCUCUCUCCUCGCAAUGAAGAACAAAACACCACCACCACCAACAGAGUCCUCCACCGCCGCCCACUCCCACUCUCUCACAUGACGACAACUCCUCCACCACUCUCCUCCGCCAUCACCCUCCUCAUCACCUUCCUCAUCGCCACCACCUCUCCUCCACUCCCUCUCGUCGCCAGCUCCACCAUCGCCGUCACCCACAAGCCCUCCAGUACCACCACCAUCUGCGGCAUCACCGCCGGCAAACCAACCCAAUCCAUCCAAUGCUACCACAACAACCGCACAGUUCCCAUCUCACCCAACGUCUCCUACGAGUCCAUCUCAGGCGGCCGUGACCUCUUCUGCGGCCUUCGAACUGGCGGGUUCAGCCUCAUAUGUUGGGACACCACCACAUUCCUCCCCAAACGGAUUUACUUUAGCCACACCCGUCCAUUGACGGGUUUAACAGUCGGAACUUCGCAAAUAUGCGCGAUUCGGGCUAAUAAUGGAGUCGCCAUGUGCUGGAGAUUUCAGUCGCCCGAUGGAACGUUGAAAUUCCGCGCAAUUACUUCAGGUGGAGGGUUCUCUUGUGGGAUACUGGAGAACAACAGUAGGGUAAUUUGUUGGGGCGGGAGCGAAAUCGGAGCUGAGAUUCAGAGACAAUUCGGUAAUCUCACCAUGUUGAGCUUGGUUGCAGGGGAGUCUCAUGCUUGUGGAUUGGCAACAAAUGGGUAUUUGAUUUGCAAAGGAAGCAAUGCCAGUGGACAGCUCAAUGCUCCUUCCCUUUCGCCAUUCGAGAUCUCGGGUCUGGCUCUCGGUUCGAAUCACAGCUGCGGAAUUCUGCAAAAAAAUGGGUCCGUUAUUUGCUGGGGAGGAGGAACGAAAAGAUCCGAAUUAUCAAGCGACGCAGCCAACACUUCGGGAUUAGUUUCAUUUGAGGCCAUUGAAGCUGGUUCCGGUUUCACGUGCGGGCUAACGACGAGAAAUUUAUCAUUGGUUUGUUGGGGGCUAGGGUUUAGUUCAGUCACCGUGCUUCCGUUGGCAAAGGUGAUUCCAGGCCCAUGUAUUCAAUCUUCAUGUAGCAGUUGUGGGGUGUUUCCGAAUUCGGAUAGUCUUUGUGCUGGUUCUGGAAACAUAUGCCAAUCUUGUGCGAUUGAGCUUCCAAUCCCAGUUCUGCUGCCGGCAUCGCCGGCAUCAGCACCGCGGUCACGAGUUCCGCCGCCAUCAGUAGCUAAAAAGAGGUUUUUCUUGGCGUUUGGUAUUGUUGGUUCAGUUGGGGGAAUAGCAGGCAUUUGCACUAUUGUCUAUUGGUUGUGGAGGAGAGGUUUUUGUAAUUUUCUCCACAAGAAAUUUGAUCGCUCUUUGCAACCCCCAGUUGGUGAUGGUUCCAAUGUGCCUCCUCCCUCCUCAAAUGGCGAAAAGUCGCAGAGAUUGAGGCGGCAAAGGAGCGGGACUUCAUCGAAGCACAUUGACAGGGUAGAGGAAUUUGCCCUAAUUGAGCUCUCUGCUGCCACUAACAACUUCUCAUUCGAAAACAAGAUUGGUGGUGGGAGUUUUGGAACGGUGUACAAAGGCAAACUCCCUGAUGGUCGCGAAGUGGCCAUCAAGAGGAGUGAGAUAGGGGCGACAACCAAGAAAUUCCAAGAAAAAGAAAUCGAGUUUGAUUCGGAACUAGCAUCCUUAUCGCGCCUCCAUCACAAGCACUUGGUGGAACUUGUGGGAUUUUGCAAAGAAAACGACGAGAGGCUUUUGGUAUACGAGCAUAUGAGCAAUGGGUCGCUAUACGAACAUCUCAAGGAAAAUGACAGAGAGGGCAGCAACAUUUUGAACUCUUGGAAAAUGAGGAUCAAAAUCGCGCUGGAAACGGCCAGGGGAAUCGAGUACCUCCACAACUAUGCAGUACCACCCAUUAUCCAUAGAGACAUCAAGUCCUCCAACAUACUUCUUGAUGCGAAUUGGACUGCGAAAGUGUCGGAUUUUGGGUUUUCAUUAAUGGGUCCGGAGGCCGAUACAAAGUCCAUGUCAACAAAGGCGGUUGGGACAGUUGGGUAUAUCGAUCCCGAGUACUAUGGGCUGAACAUUCUGACAGCAAAGAGCGAUGUUUAUGGACUAGGAGUGGUACUCUUGGAGCUUCUAACGGGGAAGCGGGCCAUGUUUAAGGUUGAGGGGUUAGAUCCUAUGACAGUAGUGGAAUAUGCAGGGCCACGAAUAGCGGCGGGGGAGCUGCAGAGUGUGUUGGAUAAGAGGGUGGGUGUCCCAAACGCGAACGAGGCUGAGGCGGUGGAGGUGGUGGCUUACGCUGCUCUGAAAUGUGUAAACUUGGAGGGCAACGAGAGACCCUCCAUAACUGACGUUGUGGUUAAUUUAGAGAGAGCAAUGGCUCUUUGUGAAGGUGGCAUUUCUAGUACCAAAUUUUUUGAAUAGCUUCCCAGCGAAAAUUUCAUCCCGAAAGAAUGAAUCAAGGGAAUUCUUUCAUUCGCUUCCCUUCCUUCGUUGUUCUUUUUUUUGGAUUGGGGAUGGUGCUGUCGCCUUGGUGCGGCGCAUGGUGCCAUGACCCCAAAACAGUGUCGUUUGGCACAUUGGAGCAACCCCAAUUCUGGGGGCUUAAGCCUUGUUAGGCAUAGUUAAACUGAAUAAUGAU